AUGGAGCCAGACAGGACUCAGAUAAAGCUUGACCCCAGGUACACGGCGGAGCUUCUGGAAAUCCUGAAGACCAACUACAGCAUCCCCUCUGCCUGCUUCUCUCACCCUCCCACUGCAGCCCAGCUUCUGAGGGCCUCUGGCCCGUUGGAAAUUGCACUCACGGUCACCAUGACCUUGCUUGCCUUGGGCUCCAUCGCCAUCUACCUGGAGGACGCCGUCUACCUGUACAAGAACACCCGCUGCCCCAUCAAGAGGAGGACUCUGCUCUGGAGCAGCUCUGCACCCACGGUGGUGUCUGUGUUCUGCUGCUUCGGGCUCUGGAUCCCUCGUUCCCUCAUGCUCGUGGAAAUGGCCAUCACCUCGUUUUACGCGGUGUGCUUUUACCUGCUGAUGCUGGUCAUGGUGCAAGGCUUUGGUGGGAAGGAAGCAGUCGUGAGGACCCUGAAGGACACCCCAAUGAGGAUCCACACAGGCCCCUGCUGCUGCUGCUGCCCCUGCUGUCCCAAGCUCAUGCUCACCAGGAAGAAGCUUCAGGUGCUGAUGUUGGGCCCCUUCCAGUACGCCUUCUUCAGGAUAACCCUGGGCCUGGUGGGCCUGUUCCUCGUCCCUGAUGGCAUCUUCGAGCCAGCAGACAUUUCUGAGACAAGCACAGCUCUGUGGAUCAACACUGUCCUCGGUGUGUCCACUCUGCUGGCUCUCUGGUGCCUGGCCAUCGUUUUCCGUCAAGCCAAGCAGCACCUGGGCGAGCAGAACAUCGGGGCCAAGUUUGCUCUGUUCCAGGUGCUCCUCAUCCUGACCGCCCUGCAGCCAUCCAUCUUCUCGGUGUUGGCCAACGGCGGGCAGAUUGCUUGUUCGCCUCCCUUUUCCUCUAAAAUCAGGUCUCAAGUGAUGAAUUGCCACCUCCUCAUACUGGAGACUUUUCUGAUGACAGUGCUGACACGGAUGUACUACAGAAGGAAAGACGACAAGGUUGGCUAUGAACCUUUCCCUUCUCCAGCUUGA